UAGGCAAGUGCUCUGCCACUGGUCACCAGCUCCAACCCUCCUUUCUUCCUUUUUAAAAAUUUUUGAUUUUUAAACCAAAAAGAGUCUCGUCCUCUUUUUAACUAAAUGAACACAGCACAUGGCAGAGCAAAAUGCACCUGGGAGCAAAAAAGAGAGGAAGAUGCCUGGGCCUCACAUCCCCUUUGAGGUUAUAUCCUCAAUGUUCUAGGGUCUCUCACUAGGCCCCCAUCUUUUAAAGGUCCAUAGUACCUCCCAGUAGCACCACCCUGGGAGCCUUUAGCACAUGGGAUCUUAGGGGACACUUAACAUUCAAACUGUAGAAGAUGCUAGCCUGAACAUAAAAAUUGUAAGACUUUGGCAUCAGUCGUCUGUUUACUUAUGCAAACAAGCUCAAUACCUUUUAUGGAAGUCCUUCUUAUGCUACCCCAGAAUUAUUCGAAGUCCAGAAGUACAAUGACCCUAUGGUAGACGUAGAGAACCUAGGAGUUCUCCUGUAUGUAAAGGUCACUGAAUUUUGCUUUUUAAUGGAUAGAACACUGCAGAAGGAGGUAUAAGAGGAUUAUACCACAUUACUUUUUAUGUGUCUGUGAAAUUCCUAAUAUUUAACCCCAGUGAGAGAGGCAGCUUAUUUAUUUAUUUUGUAUUGGAGAUUAUACCCAGGUUGCUUUAUCACGGAGAUAUAUCCUUAAUCCUUUUUUACUUUUUGAGAUAUUGUCUCACUAAGUUGCUGAGGCUGUCCUUGAACUUGCACUUUCCUUCUUCACUCUUCUGAGUUGCUUGAAGUAUAGGCAUGUCUAUCAUACCCUGCUUGAGAGAGCCCUUUUGGGGAAAUCCUGAGGGACCUGUGGGUAGAUAUGGGCCAUAAAGAGAAACUAAAACUUUAUAUCAAGGCACUCCCUGACUACCAUGACCUCCAGCCUAACUGAGAUGAUGCUGUGCAUGGGUUAUGAAUGGAAUGAGAUUCAGGACUCAUUUGUGGGUCAGGAAUAAGAUGAAGCCGACUCUCAGCUCUGGGAAUGUGACACCCUAGCUGGAGUGGCACACUACACCAUGAAGCAUCUGCCUUCUGCUGAUCUUCAAAAUUGCUACAGUUCUUCCUUACAUUCAAGGUAGCCCCAAGCAUCAAGCUUGCCAUCCCAACCUUUAGUUUGUUCUGUAACAGGAAAUUAGCAUCUCGGAGAGAACCAGGUGUUAAGGCAGAAGGUCAACAUCACAGAGUUCCUGAUGAAGACUAUCUACCCCCAACAGUCUCCCAGCAUAUCCCCUGUGACUGUCCCCUCCACCCAUAGAACCAGCAGCAUUGGUGGAACCUUAGGUAGUACCAGUUAUGCUCAAGGUUUAUUUUUUCUUUAUUUAUAUGUUUUUACUUAUAGAUGGAUACCUUUAUUUUAUUUAUUUAUUUUUAUGUGGUGCUGAGGAUCUAAUCCAGUGCCUCACAUGUGCUAGUAAGCACUCUACCACUGAGCUACAACCCCAGCCCCAAGAUUUAUCUUUCAAGAGAAACCUCUUCCAUGCUGGUCAGCUCUGAUCAGAACCAGUAGAACUUUCUGGAAGGCAUACCGCUAGCUUCUUUCUUUCACAGUAACCAGGACAGGCAGGAGGACCAUCUUCAUCCACGGAUACUCUAGGAGUAGUGAAGAAAAGUCCAAAAGGUUUUACGUAUAAAGAGUCAUUAUUUCAUUAUUUCCAAAGGGUAAAGAGCACAAUAAACAAUGAAAAACUGGGGAAGAUAUUUACAGGGACAGAGGGCUAAUAUUCUUAUGGGAGAUCUUAAACAUCAAGAAACAUAAGCUCCAUAAAAAGAUGCAAAGACCAUUAAAGUAGAAUCCACACACUUAUAAUGCAGAAUGAACCCAUUUUAUUUUACCAUUGACAUUAUUAUAUAUAAAAUGAAUUGCUUAUACCUAUUGUCACUGAUGGGAGAUUGUUUCAUAGAGCAUUCUACAGGCCAUUUUGGUGAAUAAUUAAAUUUUAAAUAUGUAUCUUUUAACCAGUAGUUCCUCUUUGAAUUUAAUGCAAGGAAAUAGUUGGGUAAAUUGACCCAAAUAUUUUGUACAAAAAUGUUAUUGUUUUGUGACAUAUAGGGAAAAAAUUGAAAAUCAUCUAAAUGUCAGUUGUAGAUUAAGUGAUCAUCCAAGGAAAAACCAAACAGCCUUGAAAAUGAUGUAAAUUUGUGUUUAACAACAUGGAAAGAUGCCCAUUGUAUAUUUUAUGUAAAAAUCAGGUUGUAAAGUGUGUGUCUAGUAUGCUACAAUUUUUAUAAGAAACAUACACCUAUGCAUUUGUGUCUUGAUUGAAGAAGACAGUACCUGUGUGUACACCAGAAAGAUCAGAAGUUAUGAGUUAUGAGUGCUGCUUUUAAUUCUCCUCGUACUGAAUAGAAUAUUCAAAGUUUCUGCAGUGGAACACUUAUCCUUUUUAUAAUCAGAGUGGAAACAGUGAGAUUUUUUGUAAAGAGAGGCAGCGGAGGACAGUUGAGAAUGGUUAACAAGGCCCCCUCUGGUGGCCUUGGACCUGAGGGGCCUGUAGGCAGGCGGAACCCAAUGCAUGCUCUGCCAGGGGCAGGAGGGAGAGCAGGUGAGUGGGUGCACCGCGGGGACCGGAAAAGCGUGCAGCCUAGGUGUCUCUCUUUGGAAAGUGCCGCGGCUACCAUUAUUGUGGCACCAUGAAGUUUCGUGCUAAGAUCAUCAACAAGGGGUUUGUAGAGCUAUUCAUCCAGGUCAGUGUCACCAUAGCGAAACUGACAAAGGUCUGUGUGCUCCGUGUGUGCCAGGACAAACUGUGCUUUGGCCCCACAGGCCCCAGGGCUACUCGAGAGGCCAGGCUGUGGUGCGAAGUGUCGCGGGGAGCCUUCUACCAGUUUAAUAUGGAAGGCGUUUCAGAAGAGCUCAAUGAGAUUUAUCUAGAGUUGACCUCAGAGCAUUUGUCCAGAGCUGUGAGAAACGCAGGAAAUGCUGCGUCCCUGAAACUUCAGCUGACCAACAAGCGUCGACCCUGCCUCACAGUGGCGGUAGAGCUGGCAUCGCGCACUGGUCACACCCAUCUGAUGGUCCACGAUCUACCUGUGAGGGUCCUUCCCAGAAGAUGGUGGAAAGAGUACCCAGAGCCCAACGUUCAAGUCUCCGAUGUGAGUGUUUAUCUGCCAGGUCUGAGGACCCUGAAGAGCAUUGUGGAAAGGAUGGCCAACAUGGGUGAAAACGUGCUGGUGGAAGCAAAUCUAAAUGGUAAAAUGAACUUGAGUGUAGAAACUGAUGUAGUGUCUAUUAAAACUUAUUUUAAAAAUCUUGGAAAUCCUCCAAAGUCUGCUCUGAGCGUUACCCAAGACAGAGACCCAGAGAGCAUGGUACAAGUAUGGGUAGAGAACAGGAAACUUCUGCAGUUUUUUGAGGGACAGCAAAUAAAUCCCACAAUGACCUUAUGCAAUAUUUUGAGCAAUACUCUUCUUCAUCUUGUUUUGGUUCAUGAAGAUGUCUCUCUUCAGUAUUUCAUUCCUGCCUUAUAAAAAAUUCAACCAGCCUGGAUUAAAAACAGAAACACAAACCUUAGGAUCUUUUCAUAACUGAAACAGACCUUGAAUUAAUUGGAUUGAGAGUCUGCAACCUCAAUGGGUUAUGAGGGUGUAUGUUUCAUUGAGACCUUUGCAGAACUGAUAUUAAAAAAACACUGGUGAAAUAGUUGGAAAGGGAAUUGUAACAAAAUAAA